AUCAUUUGAAAGCGUAGAAAAAUAAGACUUUGUGACUCACCAGUUGUCAUGCUCUCUCAUUAUCAUUGCUCCAUUUCCUGGAUAAAAAAAAAAUUACAUUUAGAAGAUGAGUUUUUCUAUCAAUAAAGUAAAGCCACACAAAAAAGACUCAAAAGUACCUUCGGCAGCUUAAAAAUGAAGCUCGUGACCCGCCAGGUUGUUUCAUAUUGCACUGGCGUCCUCAUGGCAACAACAACACUGACGGCGGUGGGAACCUGGUGCAGGGAGCAGGGCGCAUGCUGGGGGAUUAUAUGUGCUGCCUGGUGGCCUCGGUCCAAGGCUGGACGCAAGGAGGCAGGCGCAGAAGAAGACACACGGCGCUGAGUCAGGAACUCAGCCAUCUGCUACCUCCGGGGGACCCGAUCUCACCAGCCGCUAUCAGUCCAAGCCCGGAUUCGUAGAGAGGUGGGGGUGGAUGCACAUUCUUUGCACCGUGCUGUUUUCUGGCUUACUGGUCCUGAGCUGCUCUUCUUCAUCUUUGGACCACAUGUGGCUAACAUGGACCUCCAGCAUGACCAGGUUUAUCAGAACCAGGAGAGCCGUAUUGGAGAAGAACGUGGAAGCUUAGACACAACUGGGAGGUUUUGGCAGGGAAACAGAGCUUCAGGCUGGGACUGAACCACCGGGCAGACAUGACAGUAGAGGAGGUCAACAGUUGAAACACCUGAUGUUGCCUCACAGUGUGGACGGGAGGACCAAGGGCUUGGUCAGUCCUGUGCAGAACCAAAUAGGCCAUUUUUGUUUAACUGGAGAACGUUCCUCCAAUGAAUGACACCAUCUUCUUUCAAGUUCUUUCAUGAGGCUCAUGCUGGGCCCUCAGCGCUUUGGGGGCCCUGGAGGGCCACAUGAAGAAGAAGACCAGGGCCCUGGUGCUGCUCAGCCCACAGAACUUGGUGGACUGCAGCAGCCAAGACGGCAACCGUGGCUGCAGAGGAGGUUACAUCACCCAGGCUUACCAAUAUGUCGCACACAACCAAGGCGUCGACUUGGAACGCUCCUACACCAUACGAGCACCAGGAUGGGCGGUAUCGCCAUGGUGGGGGGAAAGGCUGGCCACUGCUCCAGCUUCUGCGUGCUUCCGCGGAGGGACGAGGCAGAGCCGCAGGCCGCCGUGAGACGCGUGGCUGUGGCCGUGAAUGUUGUGCUGCCGUCCUUCCAAAUCUACAAGGGAGAUCUAGAAAUGUUUCGGAGCCUGCUGUUCGCCAUCUUGUGGGGAUUAGCAGAGGCCGACAUCAGUCCGGCUCUGGAUGAUCACUGGGAGCUCUGGAAGAAGAUGCAUAACAAGGUUUACUCUCAUCAGGUGGAGGAGUCUGGUCGCAGGCAGAUCUGGGAAGAGAACCUACAGAUGAUAAACGUCCACAACCUGGAAACCUCCCUGGGCUUGCACACCUUUGAGUUGGCCAUGAACCACCUGGGAGACCUGACCAGAGAGGAGAUCAGCGGCACCCUCACUGGCACCAUCAUUCCCUCAGACCUGGAAAGGUAUCAUUUUAACUUCAACUGGGACAAAAGCAGUCGGCUGCCGCACUCGCUGGACUGGAGGGAAAGAGGCCUGGUGACUGAGGUCAAGAUGCAGGGUCCUUGUGGGUCCUGCUGGGCCUUCAGUGCCGUGGGAGCUCUGGAAGGUCAACUGAAGAAGACAACGGGGGUCCUGACGUCCUUGAGUCCACAGAACCUGGUGGAUUGUUCCCUCGAGUACGGCAACCAUGGUUGCCAUGGCGGCUUCAUGGCAAACGCUUUUAAAUAUGUCAACCAGAACAAGGGCAUCGACUCGGACAAUACCUAUCCCUACAUGGGAAAGCGUGGCGAGUGCAAGUACAACGUGCAGGAUCGUGCUGCCAACUGUUCAGGUUACGUGUACAUCCCAAAGGGGAAUGAAAAGGCACUAAAGAUGGCGCUGGCAAUGGUUGGGCCAAUUUCCAUCGCCGUGGACGCUUCACGACCCAAAUUCCAUUUUUACCGUCACGGUGUGUACCAGGACAACACGUGCACGCACAAAGUCAACCAUGGCGUGCUAGCUGUGGGCUACGGCACAGAAAAAGGAAGUGACUACUGGCUGGUCAAGAACAGCUGGGGCGUCCGUUAUGGCGACGAGGGCUACAUCAAGAUGGCUCGGAACCGACGCAACCAGUGUGGCAUUGCGCUCUAUGCUUGUUUUCCUGUCAUGUGACAACAUGAAGGCACGUGUACACAGCCACGAUGGCUACUAAUGGCAGUUAUUUUUUUUUUUAAAAGAAUAAAGUAUUUGUAUUAAAGGUGUUGUCUGCCUUGGUUGGGUACUCCAUGGGGGAUGCAACUUGAAUUUGCUGUAGGCAUUAAAACAUCCUUCCUGCCUUGACAUUACAAGCCAUGCCCCAUGUAACACAUGCAUGCACAAUACUUAUAUUUGGCAAAGUUUAGCUGUUAUCACUGAAUGUACAGCCAAUAACUGGUUGCUUCUGAGGCUGCCUGUGUAUGUGAACGCCACUAGUAAGAUGCUAGAUGGUUGGGUUUGUGUUUUUAAGUUUAGUUUUUCUGGAUGUCCAGUCCACCCCAUAGUCCCAACAUUCAGUCAAUGAACCUACAUUUUAUACACAAAGACAACACACCAAAGAGGUUUUGUACAUAUUUUUUUUCUCAUCUGCCAAAUAGUUUUCCUGAAUUUUCCACAAAUUCCAUACUUGCACAUACAAACAUCAAUUUUUUUUUAUUUUUUUUUUUUUUACAUACAGUAGUUUAUGUUGAUUCUUUUUUUUUCAAUUGCACUCACAUUUAAAGUAGUUUUUGUUCAAAUAAAGAUUGGGGAAAACAAAAAUAGUCCAACUAUGAUGGAUUCUCGCAGUUCUUUGUCCAGAUUUGGGAUUUUCUGGCAUGGAUUUGU